UCGGUGAACACAGGGUUAAGUUUUCCUCUUCCAGCGUUUAUCCCUCAUAAUGGGAUGUGCCUCCGAGUCGCUCUGCUGGUUUAAGCUGCAGCAGGUCAACAUAUUCAGCGCAAGAGGCGGUGCGACAUGGGCUGAGCCUAUUUGCAGGGAAAUGAGCUGUGGACUGUGAGCUGCUCAGUGGUCGUCAUUUCUCCCGACGAGGAGCUGGUGGGCCUCCGACAGACAUGGCGACACGUGGAAGUGUGUGGCCGACAGGAACCGCCGGCCGUCGGGUGGAUUAACCGGGGAUCGGGUGAGCGUCGGCGGGCAAGUACUGAACCAUUUUUUCCGCUCCCACUCCUCGGAACCCUGCGAUGCGCUCCGUAGAGGAAGCGGGUUUCGCAGACAUCCGGAAAACGCAUCCAUGCGCCACGGCAACCCUGCAUCCCGAUAUGCUCCUGACAACACAAAGCCUGGCUUCAAUUAGCUGCAGUUCAGAACCGCACAUGCAAAUCGGCAUGGGUGCGUCAAAACGGUCAUUGCGCUUUGUUUUGUGGCUGAGGCUUCGGAGUGCAGUUCUGCAAUGAGACAGUCGGGGAUGAUCAAGUAAGACUUUAUUGAUACAUAUUUCGACAAUAUGGCUGAUCAGAGCAACAUUCAGUCCGCCGCCUCUAAGAGCAUCCGGCCCUUUAAAUCCAGUGAAGAAUACCUGUAUGCCAUGAAGGAGGACCUGGCUGAAUGGCUGAAGACCCUCUACGACCUGGACGUCACUGCGGACACCUUCAUGGAUGCGCUGGAGACGGGCUGCGCCCUGUGUCGGCACGCCAACACCGUGAACCGCGCAGCGCAGGAAUUCCAGUUGGAGAACCCGGAGGCUGUGAAGUCCAUGAAGGUGCCGUCGAAGGAUGUUGUCUUCCAGUCACGGAACGUGAUCCCCGGCUCGUUCCUGGCGAGGGAUAACGUCUCCAACUUCAUCACCUGGUGCAGGCAGGAGCUCUGGAUCAAGGACGUCCUCAUGUUUGAGACCAACGACCUGGUGGAGAGAUGCAACGAGAAGAAUUUCAUCCUGUGUCUCCUGGAGGUGGCGCGGCGGGGGUCCAAGUUUGGCAUGCUUGCGCCCAUGCUGAUCCAGCUGGAGGAGGAGAUCGAAGAGGAGAUCCGGGAUCAGGAGAGCCUGCAGGCCGAGGGAGCUGAGCAGGCCGAAGAGAUGAGCUCACCGAGCAGGUGUUACAGUCGGAAGGAGAGCUGUCACAGUGUGGAGGAUGAGGAGGAACCGGAGCCGGAGCCUUACGUCUGGCCACAGAAGAGAGUUUUAUGUGACAUGCGAAACCUGGAUGAACUGGUACGUGAAAUCCUUGGCCAGUGUUCCUGUCCAGCUCAGUUUCCUAUGAUUAAAGUGUCUGAAGGGAAGUACAAAGUAGGAGACUCCAGUGCUCUGAUCUUCAUCAGGGUCCUCCGGACUCAUGUGAUGGUGCGUGUCGGAGGGGGCUGGGACACGUUGGAGCACUAUUUGGACAAGCAUGAUCCGUGUCGCUGUGCUGCAUUCGCUCACCGCUACCACCAGGCUAAAGCAAGUGGUCAAAGCCAGGGAGCCCAGAGCAAGUCCUCUAGUGCCCACUCCUCCCGCUCCACCAGCCCAGGUCCACACUGGAGGAAUGAGGGCAUUUCAACUUACAAACCCAACGACAGGCGCUCCUUGGAGCCUCUCUCUGCUCCAAGUGUAUCCUCUUCCUCCUCCUCUUCCUCCACACGACCUGGUCGAUCCCAAAAUUCAUCUGUCCGUACGGAGGUGGACGCUGCUGGAGCUCGAACUCUGCUCCCUAAGCCACAAAGAGAUCGCUCAGAGCCGCGCCACUUUAAUCCUCUCAGGAAUAAAGAAACGUUGACAAGACGUCUCUCUGGAGAUAGUGACUCUUCCACAGCCUCCUCUAAAGGAGGAGGGGGAGGCGGGCGGCAGUCACUCGGUGGGCCUUCACGGCGCUCUGGUGAACAAGUGGUACUACUUGUCAACCGCAAGGAAGGAAAGCAUAUGAUUGAGAGAGCAGGAGCAGGCAAUCAAACCCCAUCCACAUGUUUCUCGACUCCCCGUGCACGCAGCCAGUCGCGGGAACGUUCUUCGCUUCCGCCAACACUAAAACCCAACCCACCAACAGGAUCUUCUGAUGGUACACGGACGUCUCGGACAGACAGAGGGCGCUCUGUUGGAAAUGACGGUCCGAGGAGGCUCCAUGUUCCUCGUUCUCACAGCCAGAGUAAGUUAACAAGCAGCACUUUGUCAAGUGAUGGCAGCCCUGCACACUGUUCCUCUCCUCGGGCUUCCCAGCGCCCACCUUCAGAAAGACAUGCAGAUCUGCCUAAACAGGUAGCCCCAUCCUCUCCUAGAGGGGGUGUUGCUUUCAGUAAGAAGCAGUCAUUCUCAUGCAACAACUCGCCAGUUAAAGGAGUCCAAAGCAACAACAGCAGCCCUGUCAAAAAGGCUGUCACUACUCCUAGACCCCAAGUUCCCCGUUCACCAUCCACAGGAAAAGGCAAGCUACUACCCCCUGUCACCUCUGGAGGGCGACGUCCACCACACUCAUCUCCUCGUAACUCUAACAACUGUGCUACCCGCUCCCCUCGACUCUCACAGGCUCCUCGAUCAGCUGUCCGAGGCCAGCCUAAAAACAUUUCUCACAUGGAGAACCAGGAGGCUGGAGAGGACGGGUCUGGGUUAGGCUACCAAAUGCUGCCACCAUUUGACCCUCAGAAAGAACAGGACCUCUAUCGCAGCUUCGAGGCUGAGUUUCUGGCCAAUUCCCAGCAGGUCAAGGGGAAUUUUACUGGUAAGGCUGUAGGAAGAGCAACACUACAGGUAGCACAUGCACUCACUGAGUCUGCUCUGUCUGAUUCUGCUUCUUCUUCCUCUAACUCCUCCACUUCUUCCCUAAAUGUGGGUGCAAAGAUUGGAAGUCUGCCUUACCUCAAGCAAUCCAAGAGGACUAACCUCCAACACUUCCCACCAGAGGACCCUUUAAAUAUACUUUAUGGACAAAAUCUUGGCGAACUUGAUGGUUUGGGUCACACAGAGCGUGAGCACUGGGGGGAAUGGAAAGGGGGUCUCAAGAAACUCCCCGCAAUUUCUAGCUUAGUAGAGAAAAGGGAAGCUCCAGCUUCUUUGCCUGGCCUUAGAGAUACUAAGUCCGAUGAGCUAAUGAAUCAUAUUCCCUCCCAACCUGCUAUAGAUAGCAGGAAUAUGAAUGGAGAACAUGGGUGUUCUCCUACAGGUGGACUCUCAGGUCAAAAAUGUCCACUUGACUUGAGCUCAGUGACAGAAGGAGAUGUUCCCCUAGAAAAUCACCUGCCUAAUCUACCAUAUGAUCUUGAAAAUGGUGGCAACAGUGAUAACCUCCUGCCUCCAGAGGGUCGUCUAUCACCUGUACCCCUUGCACCAUCUGAGGACUGCUCUUUCCAGGAUUCCUCAAGUGAAAACUCCUCAAUGUCCUUUAGCUUGAGUGAAUCCCGCUCCGGGUCUCCUCCAACAUCCUUAAAAAUAACCAAUGGGGAAAAUGGACAACGCAAUGAAGUCUCGAUCUCCGAGCAUAAACCGGGUGUAAAGUUAAGGCCUUGUACUGACGAUAGGCUGCAGAACACCCCCUCACGAAUCCCCACCCCUGUCAGACACAAAAAUGUUCACACUAACAAAACUCUGUCCCCCUGCAAUACGCCGCCACUGUCACGUAAGACCUCCCAUCCUGCUUUAUGCAAGAACUUGCACCAGAACUUCACAGACAUUAUUCUUCCUCAGUCUCACUCUCCAGCCGUAGGCAACAAAGACUGCUCCUACCCUGCACAAGGAAGCCUAGACACUGAAGCUAUAGCACAAAACUGAUUGCUGCAGCAGGCUCUUUGACUACUGUGUAACUGAAAAAAGACUUACAUUUGGGCUAAAAACUGUUGUCACUGCAUGUUAAACAACUUUUCAUUAAGAUUUUUUUUAAAGAUGCACCGAUAAAAGAAUCGUGGCUGAUGUCUGAUCUCUGAAUUUUAGAAAGCCUUGACCUGCCAAUACUAAUUUUUGUUUAUUAUAAGAAGUUAGUAUCUCAAGAACUCUAAAAAUUAAUGUUAAAAAUGCAGCAGUUGUUGUAAAACAGGGUUUUAUUAAUGUAAAACACACAUUUUAACACUGUCUUUAGUAUCAUUAGUAAUAUUGGUAGUGUAGACUAUAAAUGCUAACAUUAACUUGAGUGUUUCCUAAAGGCAGGCAUCAUUUCUAGAACCGGCAUUUUCCAUGGCAGACUUAGGUUAAGAACUCAAACGUGUGAAAAUGAGCAGCUUUACUAUUGGAUGUUUAGCUUUCUUAGUACCUACUGAAGUGAGCUCUGAGUAUUUAUUUAUUUUUGCCAAUAUGCCAAAAGAUCCUCAAGCCAGGCAUAGAUUGACAUCCUGAUGCAGAAGAUUCACUUCUAUAAUUUAUUCUUUUUGCACAAAAUGACCCAAACUUCAAAAUUUCAAAAUGAACGUCAUGACUAGCACCUGCCGAGGUCUAGUUUUGUAAAUUAUGAACACAUUUUAAGUUUGAGUCCUUUAUUGUCAGUAUCUUUAGCUCUAGUCCUAUGGCUUAACUCAACUUAUUUAGUGCCUACAGUUCGAUAACCUUUUUGAGUUCAUCUUGGCUGGGCAAGCUGUAAAUCAUCUGAUUUCGGUCACUAACAUAUUUCUUGGCGUAUCUCCGUUGUUUUCCUGUUGGGGUCCAUUUUGCUUUUUUUGCACUCAAGCCAAAUUCUUUAUUACCAAAGGAAUGGUCUUUAUUUUUAUCAUGAUAUUGUUUGCAUGGGGCUGUUUUUGCCAAUAAUAGUGUUUUUUUUCUCCUAGCUGCACACAUUCUCACAGUUGACAUCCAGAGAUAGAAGAACAUAUGUGCUGCCAUGUGCCGCACCACAGGGCAUGGUUAUGUGCCAUGUAUUUGAAGCAUCAGCUUUAUAAAACUGCACUAACACUAAAUCUAUGGUCAAAUGGACCUUUUUCUGUUGCAGUUGGUCAUCAUCUCUCAGUUUACUUUAGUAGUCAGAAUACUGGUACUAAAACUGUAGGAUUCUACACAUUACUGAUGUUAAUAGAAGGUUUAGUAUAUAAAUACAUACAUUUUAUUCAUUGUGUAACAUGCAUACUCAACAACAUAGAUUCAGCUGACCUUGUGAUGCAUAAAUUAUCAACUAAUCUCUGUACAGCAGUCAGUCAUUAUAGCCAAGGUUAAUAAUAUUUAUUUAAUUCUCAAUUUGUGUCUAAUUUGGUUAUUUUAAUGCAGAAUAUGGUUUUAAUUUAUACUUUUAAAUGGCCGAAUUAUGAAAAAUAUAAAGAGAUUUGUGUUAAUUGCGUCAUUGUCACUGAAACGGAAAGUUGAGAGCUCCUUCUUUGACCAAACAGCACUCUGGUGUUCAGCGUUUAAUAUGUAUGAGCAGCAGGAAUCGCACGCUGACGAGAAUGAAUGUGUAAAUACAUGCUGGGUGGGUGUUUUUGUAAAUACAAGGCAUGGAAUAUACAGUUUUAAUGUACAUACUUUGCUGUAAUAAGGCCCAUCAUGCCUUAGCUAUGCAAUUCAUAUAUGGUGUUGGAAAAUGCCUUGACAACUCCCUUUGCCUUAAAUGUUUAGUCAUGAAUUUAUUUUUGAAUGUUUUUGUAGCUUGAAUUUGGUAACACUACAUUACCAUAAUUUACUGUUUAUUGUGAAAUAAAUCGAAAGUAUUUAAUGUGAAUGUUUAAAAUUUUUUUUUGAAGAACAUUGGCUACUUUAAUUGUACAUUAAAUUUGAUGUAAAGUUACACUCCUUGAGAAAUCCUAAUGUAUUCCAUCCUGAUUAAACAAACUGAUGGGGACAUCUAGUGGCUAAAAGAGAUAUUUGUUGUAUUAUUUUCCUGCAUAUGCUUAUAUUGUCAUGAUCUGAUUAGAACCAGUAACAAUGGAAUGACCCAAUGGACACAAAUGGAUAAAGCAAGGCGCUAACUUGAGUGUCUGCAAAAGGCUUGAAUAAUUGAUGUGUAACUGGAUAUGGAGGUUUUCUUUUGUUUUCAAGCUGCUGUUGCAUCAGUAGAGAGCACACCAGACUCCAGAAGCAACUACAGCACUGUUUUAUGUAAUCAAGAGGCGCACAUUUUGUAAAAUUAAUUUGAAAGUAUAAAAGUCUUUACUGAGACUUCAAAACGUCUUAUAUUGAGGGUUUUAGUGUGGAUAAUGUGGAAUAUAUGCAUGUUUUGCAGCACGCUGUAAGUGAAUGGCCUAAAAAGAAAGUGUAGAGAUUGUGUGUAUGUAUGUACAUAUGAUAUGGUAAUAUGUACAGAGUUGGAGUAAAGAAAGAAAGGAUGUUGAUCUAAUUUAUUUAUUUAUGGUGUCAGCUCUGACUGAGCUCAGAUGACCUCUGUGUCCAGUAGACUGAAGGUGAACGGGGUUUGGAGAACCCAGCAAUGUGAGGAGAUCUGUUGAAAUAUUGCCACCUACAAAAUGGAACAACCCUUUUAAAAAUAAAUAUUUGGCUUAGUUUUUUAACUUUUAAAGAUGCACAUAGCCUUUAAUAAUUUAGUCUGCAUCAGUCUUGUUGGAGCCAUAGGUUUUACAUGUAUAAACUUAUUGAUACCUAUGUUUGUUGAAUUUAAAAUUUGUUUUGAUGCAUUUAAAUAUAAUUUUUACUGGUAGUCUAAACCUACCAGCUACAUAAGCUGUGACAUCAAGAAAGCAUGGGAAAAUUUUUGACAUUCAUAAGAUUUAUUAUUAUAAUUUUAAAAAAGCCUGCUUUUUGUGCACACCAUUUUGAAAUAUUAUGAGACUCAGACUCUCACUUGUCUUUAAUCUAAAUCGGUGAAAUCUGAAUGUUUGUGAUGUGAUGCCAUUUUACCAACAAAAAAAAAGAAGAAAGAUGUACAGAUUGCUGGAUCUUGUGUACUAUGUAAGUAUACAAAAGUGAUACUGAAAAAAGUUUUUUUUUCUAAUUCUUAAAAUGCUUUCAAGUUGUUCUUGUAAUAAACACUUUUCUUCUGAGA